CCUCUCUAGACCCGUUUCUUAAAUCCUCCCUAGCUAAGAUACUGGGUAUUCCCUCACUUAUUCUUCUCAUUCUUCAUUAUCAAGCAAUACCUCCACUUUAGUACAGACCGCAGCUUUUCCCCCUAAAGGGCACACCGCUCGCCUAUCAUGCUUCUCAAACUCUUCGUCCUUAACACACUUCUUGCCCAAACCCCAGUUACUGCCCUCCCGAGACCUGGCACCGUAAAUUACGGUCUCAAUGUUAGAGAUAUCAAUAGUGAUCUUGCGGCUGACGACGUCAUCCCCGUCAAUUGUGGCCCUGACGCUUCCUGGGAUGACAAGCUGCUCCAGUGUGUCUGCAACGGGAAAGGCCUGUUCUUCGAUUCACAUCAGAACAAAUGCGUGUGCCCCAAUGGCCUAGUAUUCAACCCGAAGAACAAGAAAUGCGAGUGUCCGGAAGGCAAGGUAGCCAACCUGAAGACUAAGGAAUGCGAGUGCCUGGAAGGCAAAUGUUGAGAUCGUGUUAUUAAGGUGGUCCGAUCUGCUAGUGGCUGGAUAUAUAUAACUUAAAACUAAUA